GACAGUCGACGUCGCGCCGGCCGCCAUGACAGCUGACGGCGCGACCUCCAGGUAGCCUCCGCCCGUGCCAGCUCUACGCGCGCAGGACUCUACGACUCGUCUGUUCUCUCUGGUGGUAGCGGCUGGUCGGGCGCCGAGAUGUCGGGGGUGCUGGCAUCUGUGGGCAGCAGCGUGAACAAGGUGUACGACUUCUACCUUUACACGCUGUCCCUCGCAGACCAGAGGACGCAGGGCUGGCCGCUGGUGGACUCGCCGCUGCCCACGGCGGUCUACACGGCGCUGUACCUGGCCGCCGUGUGGCUGGGCCCCAGGCUCAUGCGGGGCCGCAAGCCGCUCAGGCUCACCUGGGCGCUGCUGCCCUACAACCUGGCCAUGGCGGCGCUCAACCUCUACAUCGCCUCCGAGUUGCUGAGCGCCUCCACGAAGCUCAAGUACAGCUACGUGUGCCAGCCAAUCACGCGGCUGUCGCACCCCGAGGAGACGAGGAUAGCCAGCGCGGUGUGGUGGUACUACAUGUCCAAGCUGAUCGAGUUCUGCGACACGUUCUUCUUCAUCCUGCGCAAGAAGAACAGCCAGCUGACGUUCCUGCACGUGUACCACCACUCCACCAUGUUCUCGCUGUGGUGGAUCGGCGUCAAGUGGGUGCCCGGCGGCUCCACUUUCCUGCCGGCGAUGGCCAACAGUCUGAUCCACGUGCUGAUGUACACGUACUACGCCCUGUCGGCCCUGGGACCCGGCGUGGCGCGCUACCUGUGGUGGAAGAAGUACCUCACCAUCCUGCAGCUGAUCCAGUUCACGAUUGCGAUGAUAAUGGGGAUCCACGGGAUAAAGUCCGGCUGCGACUUCCCCAUAUGGAUGCAGUACACUCUCGUGAUAUACAUGAUUUCAUUCAUUGUGCUCUUUGGGAACUUCUACGCCAAAGCCUACUUAGAAAAGGGAGCGAAAGUGUUCUACGGAGAAGUCAAACCGGAGGCAGUGCUCACCGAACCUUGGAACGACGAGGAAUCGAACAGAUGCUUGGCCAACGGCGUUGUCCGGACGAAGGAGGAAUCUUACGGCUACGCCAACGGCGAACUUCACAUGAAGAGAGUGACGAACGGCUAUGCGAACGGUGCCAUCUGCUAUGCAGAAGACAGUGACGCAGAAGCAUAUCCCCUGGAUUCCAAAAAAUCCGACUGAGCCUUUGGGAACACAGUGAAUUUUAUCUUUGAAAGAUUUGUGCAAUGGGAGUGCGUGACUUGAUGUAAUCUUUUGGACAUACGCCAUUGCUAAGCACUUUUUCUGUUGAAGAAAACUAAAAAAAUACCCAAAAGAAAAACUAUUGUGUUUGUUUUGUCUUUUCGUUUUGUCGUGUUUUUUUUUGUCUCGUUUCAACUUGUGGCCGGCAGGGCCACAUUUUUACUUGUAAUUUAUUUUUGUUGCUGGUCUCUAGUUUUAUAUGGUUUUUUAUUUCACGUAUUUUUACGCCUUUUUUAAUUAAUGUUCAUUUAUCUGUAAAUUUUUUUUUAAUUAUAUUUGUUUCUGUUAAUUAGUUAUACGCCGUUUGGGUAGCUAUCGAUUAUGAGUUUAAGAACAUCGAUUGUGUUUCACGUAAAUACCACUUGGCGAGCACCCGGCGGUUGGCUGAUGACGUCAGACAUUCGGCUUGCCGGGAAGAAAAAAUCAGCUUGGCCGGGGUGGAGAGUUUGUGGCGAGCGACCGUCGAGGACAGAGCCAUGUGACGGCGCGGACUGGUGUGCCGGACGGCAACGGGCGACGAAGAGUAUGGGGAUGGAGGCUCCACGCUGGGGGACAGGGCCAUGGUUUGCCCUGUGAUACUGGACUUAUCAAGGUAAAGAGAGGCCGCAAUUUUGAUUUUUACCCUCGUGGUGCUGCACUGGUUUUUGGCAAACCUAGUGAACUGUGUAUUUUCCCAUACUAAAUUUUAUUUGGACGGAACUUUUAUUAGCCAGUUUGGUGAAGAGGCCCAUUUGUUUCACACGUUGUUCCAGUGUGGGAUUUUUUAAAAAAGGUCGCCCGUUUGCCUGUAGUUGUAAUAAAAGUAUAAGUUUGGAAGAAACGAACAUUUUGCAAUUUGUUUUUGAGACUUUGUCUUCGGAAUUGGCAUACUUAAAGUUGCAUUUAGCUAAUAUAUCAGCUUGUGCAGUAUUAUUAAAAGUAUGCGAUCGGUAUUGGACUACACGCGCAGCCUGAUGUUGGUUGGUGCGGCCAUUCUACGUUUUUAUGAAAUCAUUGGCAAGUUAAUAAAGAAGUAAGACUUUGUUUGAAGUAUAUGAUAAAUACUUCUGUGGUAACAUAGUUAUGUUACGUGAAGAGUUUUUGCUACAUUUCCCUUAAAAAAAAUAAGAUAAUUUUUUUUGAUCAUCGUUCACGCCGUUGUGAAUUCGUACCUAUGGCCCGGCGUGGCAUUAGACUCUGGAGUUGGUGAGGAAGGUCAGGAAGCCAGCGCCCGCCUAGGAUAUUAACUUUUUUUUUUUUGGCAAGUCUUUAGCAACGAACAUCUGAAGAAAGACUAAACCGUUGAUUGAGAGUUUAAGAACUUUAUUUAAAUAAAUUUUUUGUACUUCAGUUUUAUUAUUGUAGAUUUUUUAUAUAUUUGUAUUGAUUGUCUUGUUUGAUUUUUGGUAUUAGGGCAGUCAGUAAAUUUUGAUAUUUUAUAGUGGCCACGCCUCACGCCCUUAUAUAUUUUUAUACUUGUUGUUAUCAGUAUUUAUAUUUUUACGAUUUUUUAAAGGUUAUUGUUAGUAUCGCAAAUGGGGAUAAGAUGCUGCCAUUAUUAACGUCAGCUUUUGUAACUAAGCUUGUAUGGUUAUGUAUAGUAAAAAUUAUUUUUGCAAAUUUCUAUUUUUUAAUAACAUACGUCCAAAGUCUUGCCUCUUGUUUGUUUAAUGGUUACUCUGCUAUUAUAUCCUUUGAAUUUUUUGGCCUGACCCCUGGGCAGUGGUGUGGGGAAUUUAUAUUGUUUAGCUUUUUAUGCCUGGUUUUAAUAUUUAUUUUUUCCCUUCGCGCCCAGAGUGAGUCGGGGACGCAACCCCUCUUCCAAUUAAGGAGGAAGAAGGGUUACAAACUGUUGUGAUGAAUUUUUUUUUUGGGUUCAAUAUUUCUGUGCUGUCAUCAUUUGUGUUUUUUUUUUUUCGUUCUCUUAGUCCAUUUUUCUUUUUCUUUUUUUUUUUUGUUUGUUGACCAUAUUCCUGUUAUGGAAUAUUAUGUGAUGUUUAUAUCCUGUUGACAACAGCAAUUUUUUUGCUUAAUUUGUGCUUUUUGUUUUUUGGGUAUUUUUUAGUUUUCUUCAACAGAAAAAGUGCUUAGCAAUGGCGUAUGUCCAAAAGAUUACAUCAAGUAACACAGUGAAAGUUGGCACGGCAAUAUCACAGUUGUCCCUUAAACAUCGUUUCAGUGUUGUAAAUAUACAAAUGUGAUUCUGUGAUUUGCAGCUAUCGGAAACUUGGCUUUUGUUGUCGUUUAACACUUUUUCUGCACUAAGUAAAGGAUGAAAAGUCAUCAAAGGGACUUGUAAGCUCCAACUUAGCAAAAGCAAUAUCACUGAAAUCCAUACCUACCUAUGUCCUUUGUUAUCUGCAUUUUUUUAUUUCUCCUACUUUAAAGCCUCCUAUUCUUGAGUUAUUCCUGAAAACAUUAAAUCCGACAGAUUCACUCCAAUCUUACAAAGGGUAUUGUGUUCGGUUAAAUAACUGCCCAGCGGCAUAUGUGCUUAUGUAAAUGUAAAUUACACUAAGACUAAACUUACAAUUUUGGUUUGUUUUUCGCAUGUAUGUGGCUUUUGACAUCUGCAAUUUAGAUAUUCGUGCAUUCUGUUAUUAUUUCAACACAGAAAUCUCCUCGAUCAGGGAAAUAAAUUAAUCUCAGUCUAGUGUGGAUUUGGGUUCUCCCCUUGUUCCAUGACUAAUUGCAGAUGCAUGAGAAACAUGAAAAGUGUAAGACAAAUUUUUAUCUCUCAUCUGUGCAAGAUAAGUCAACGGAAACAGUUUAGUGUAAAUUGUUUAACACAUUCUUCUGUUUUAAAAAAUGGAAAGUAAAAUAAAAUGAACAAUAAUUUAUACAUUUCACAAAGGUUGGUUUAUUAUUUCAACAUUGAAUCAAGAUAUUAAAUAAAUUACGAUAGUUCAUUAAAGAUAAUAACAUGGAAGUUUAUGAUUCGUAAUAUUAGACUAUAGUAAGGAAACAUACUGUCAGGAGGAUAAUUCCAUGAAGUACGUAAUUUGUUACUUUUUUCUAAGCAUCAUUUUCUAAAUCGUUCACAAUAAAGAUCGCGGCCACUGUCUGCAGUUGCCUGGCUUCUAGAUUAUAGCCGCGUCUAAAGCGAAGAUAUCACCAACGUUUUGGUUGACGCAGUCGCCAUCAUUAGGUAGCAGUUUUUUUUUGACAUUAUACGGGACCUACAGCUUUACGCCAAUCGGCCAAUGGGUCAUUAUGUUUCAGGGCAAUCAUCAAUUCGUAGGAAAACAUAUAGCAGCAUGUAAAUGUCACACCCAUGCCUUACCCGGGACUCGAACCCAGGACCCCUCGCACCGUAAGCCGGUGUGUGUCCGACUACGCUACGGAGGUCGGCAAAGGUAGCAGUUAACUGUUGGCAUGAUGGGAAAAAGUGAGGCUGCCCAGGAAAAUGAUGGAGUUGAAGUACCAAGGAAGAAGACCCCAAGGAAGACCAAGGAAGGGUUGGGAAGAGCAGAUAGUUAAAGGAGAGCAGGAGAGAGGAGAAGAAUGGAACAGGGAGCACCAUUAGGGAGCACCAUCCCUAAUGAUGGGAUGGUUCUCCCUAAUGAUGUCGACUGCAACGUCCAAACAAAACGUCGGUGAUAUCUUCGCUUUCGACGCAGCUACAACCCAUCAGCCAAACAACUCAAAAUUGUAGAUAGAUGAUUUUGUUACUUAUCUUAAUGAAAUCAGUUUCAAAUGAUUUUUUAAAAUGUUCACAUGUUUUUAAAUUAUGAUAUGUAAAUCAUUUAAUACAUUCCUAAUAAAAUCAAGACGUGACAUAAAUUUAUAUAUUUUUUUUUCAAUUUUUCUCUAAGUAUUUUUCAUACUUCAUGCAUUUGAGAAGGCACAAGUUUCAAUCCAUCCAGUAAAAUUGAUUUAUUUCGAUGGUUCUAUUACUAUAGCAAUAACAUAUUUUAUUGUUAUAAGGUUUAGCCAAAAGUCCAGUCUUGGAAAAGUCCAGGUAAUUAGUCCGAAACUAUAGAUUUUCUUUCUGUGCAAUCCACUUAACAUACUAGGUUUAAAAUUGUAAGAAAUUGUUUGUAAGUGCAUGUUUCAGUAACACACAUUGUAAAUCAGGGGUGUAGCCAGAAUUUAAUUUUGUAGGAAAAUAUUGUGAGCAUUUUUUUUUAUAAGUUUGAAGUGGAACUACAGAAGCAAAAAGUACCUCUUCAAAGUAAUUUUGGAGGGGGAUGUUUUCCUAUAACCCUUCUCCCCCCCCCCCC